AUGACUCUGGAGGCGGGUCCGAAUCCACGAGCACACGAUGAUUACACAGUCGGCUGGGUCUGCGCUCUUGCCAAGGAGCAGACGGCGGCGACAGCCAUGUUGGAUGCCCAACACGGCCCCCUCUCCAAGCCCGUCACCGACAACAACACAUACACGCUUGGCUCCAUCGACAACCACAACAUCGUCAUUGCUUGCCUCCCUUUCGGCAGGGUUGGCAACAACUCAUCGGCGACGGUCGCUACCCAGAUGGUUUCCACAUUUCCGUCUAUCAAGUUCGGUCUUAUGGUGGGUAUCGGUGGUGGUAUUCCUCCCAAAGUCCGGCUCGGCGAUGUCGUCGUCAGCACGCCAAUAGCCGAGUUUCCUGGGGUCGUCCAGUGGGACAUGGGCAAGGUUGAGCAAGAGCGAAAGUUCAAGCGAACGCAAUCGCUGAACAAUCCCCCGACUGCUCUGUUGACGGCUUUGACGACCUUGCAGACCCGGCAUGAGAUGCAGGGUUCUCAGAUUCCUCAGUAUCUCGACGAUCUUGAAAAGAACUGGUCGAGGCUUGCGGCAAAAUAUUGUCGAUCUGAUUCGCUCGAGGACGUUUUAUUUGCUGCCAACAGUCACCAUCGGUCUCAGGGUGUUCAGCGUGGACUCAUUGCAAUACUCUGGGAGAUCAUAUCUGCCCUUACUGGAUUCCUUUUGGGUCGAUCGACUAUGGCUCUCACAGACCCUGUCGCCAGUUCUGGAGCAGCGUCGGAUGACGGACAGAGGAACGACACCAUCAUGAAAAGAAAGCCAAGGGACAUGGUUGUUCAUUACGGGCUGAUCGCAUCCGGCAACAGAGUCAUCAAGGACGCCGGAUUCCGGGACGAUCUGAAUCGGAGCCUGGGCGGACACGUUCUUUGCGUCGAGAUGGAGGCGGCAGGUCUCAUGAAUGACUUUCCAUGUGUCAUAAUCCGCGGAAUAUGCGACUAUGCCGAUUCUCACAAGAACAAGGCCUGGCAAGAGCACGCGGCAGCCGUGGCGGCAGCAUUUGCGAAGGAGCUAUUGUCUACUGUUCCUCCACAGGAAGUUCAGCAUAUGCCGACAAUCAACAACUUGAGCCAUCAACUCGAGGAAGUGGCGACUACAGUCAACAAGAUCCACUCCGAACAACGCAACCAAGAGCAUCAGUACAUCCUCGACUGGCUCAGUCAGGUUGACUAUGCGAAACAGCAGGUCUACCAUAUCAAACGACACCAAGUUGGCACGGGACAGUGGUUUCUGAACUCCACUCAGUUCAACGAGUGGCUACAGACCAAACAAAUGACACUCUUCAGUCCAGGAAUUCCUGGUGCCGGUAAAACGACUCUCGCGGCGAUCGCCAUCGCACACUUGAUCCAACAAUUUCAAUCCGAUGAUACUGUCAGGAUUGCUUACGUCUACUUAAACUACAAGCAGCAUGAAGAACAGAAUGCGGAUGCUCUCCUGGCAAACAUCUUGAAGCAACUCGCACAAAACCGGCCGUCAUUGCCCGAGAGCGUGGAGAGUCUUUAUAAAGCCCAUAAAUCAAACAGAACACGGCCUCUGCUCGACGAGCUGUCCAGCACAUUGCAAUCUGUCUGCAAUAUCUACUCGAGAGUCUUGAUUGUUGUUGAUGCCCUUGACGAAUUCCAAACUUCUGACGGUCAGCGAGCCCUGUUUCUGUCCGAGAUCAAGAAGUUACAGGCCGUCAGUGGAGUAAACAUUUUCGUGACAUCGAGAGAUCUACCUGAUAUUAGACGCAACUUUGAAGACAGUAUCGAGUUACCAGUUAGUGCCGUGGAUGAAGAUAUUCGUCUGUACCUCGACAGUUGUUUACCUCGCAUGUCUGGAGUCGUUGGACGCAACAAAAGCUUGCAAGAGGAGGCCAAGAAAGAAAUUGCUCACGCGGCUCGGGGAAUGUUCCUGCUCGCCAAACUCCACACAGACUCUUUGGAUGGCAUGCCAUCUCCGAAAAUUGUCCGCACAGCUCUGAAGAAGCUUAACGGCGGGUCUGAUGCAUAUGGCCGCGCUUAUGACAUGGUCAUGGAGAGAGUCCUGUGCCAGGUACCAGCCUCCAGAGACUUCGCGAUCAAGGUCCUUUCCUGGCUGGCCUUUGCAAUCGAAUCCCUCACUACAGAACAGCUUCAACACGCUCUUGCGGUGGAAGAGAACUCGAUUGACCUGGAUAGAGAGAAUCUUCCGGCAACUGAGGACAUGGUCUCGAUGUGUGGCGGCCUAGUGGCAAUUGAUGAAACCAACACCGUCCACCUAGUCCAUUACACUACGCAUGACUACUUCUCCGUGGCGGGAGACAAGUGGUUCCCGACAGGUGAGGCAUCAAUGGCAAAAGCCUGCAUAACCUAUCUUUCUUUCGAUACAUUCAAUAGCGGGUGCUGUACGACGGCUGAUGACUUUGAGAAUCGUAUGAGACUGUACCCUUUAUGCAACCAUGCAGCAAGAAACUGGGGUUACUACGCCAAUCACAGUCUCCCGGGAAAGGACCAGACUAUCAUCAAUUUUUUGCAACACCAGGAGAAACUCAUGGCCUCUGUCCAAGCAACCAAUUUCUGGGAAUGGGAUCACUGGAUUCUCUCGGUGUCGCCCUUUCCAAU